UUUGCAGCUGCCCCCGGACGCAACGCAGCCGGGAGGUCGCCUCCAGCCUUGACGAUCCACACAGUAUAGCCUCGGAGCUAGAGAGACCUGUGGCAGAUGCGAUCGCCAUGGGCAAGGCCAAGGCCGGUGAAGCUGCUGGAGACCGCCCUGGUUCAGCAGCCAACCAAGAAUCCACACUUCCCCUUUGCGGAUUCGCCGCCACGAUCGGCAAAGCUCUCAGCACCAAGUGUGUCGCCGCGCUGUUCCUGGGCGUCGGCGUCUUCCUCUCGGCCUUGUUCCUGCUCCUUCAUCUCCGGGCACCAGGGAGCGUCCCUGAUGACCCUGGCACCCUCAUCGGUGGAAUUCAGGCUAGUUUCAUCUUGUCGAAGCCACCUGCACAGCUGGCUUCACAUGUCACCAUGCUAGAAGAAGAGAUAUAUAAGCAAAUAGGGGUCCCCAAUACUAAGGUUUCAGUUUCUAUGCAGACACUCAAGGAAGUCACUUACGUAAUAUUUGGCAUUCUUCCUGACACUAUGAACACCUCCAUAAGUGCCCAAUCCAUGCAAGUACUGAGGAACAACUUGAUACAGCUUACACUCCAGCAGCUGAAUUUGUCUCUGACGCCAUCGGUUUUCGGAGAUCCGUUCUGCGUAGAGGUGCUGGGGUUCCCAGGAGGGAUCACCAUGGAAGUAGAACACCCGCAACAGAACUCUACUGUAGACCCCACACAGCCUUUUUUCAGCAUGACACUUGACUUGAGCAUUCGCCAGUUAAGGAGAUUGAUUCAGAAGAUGAAAAGUAGUUUUGGACACAUGUUGGAGCAGGAGAUAUACAUAGAUCUAACAAACAAGAAUGGCUCGACGAUUGCACCACCGACUACAGUCAAAGUUUUCAUUUCCCCAAAUGAUAGAAGCAUUUAUCAAGACCCUAACAGGCUGAAGCAACUAGCUGAAACCAUCAUGCGCUCAUAUUCAAGGAACCUAGGCCUAAAUGCAGCAAUUUUCGGCACAAUUAAGGAUCUCUGGUUGGCUCCAUGCCUACAACACUUUGUUCCAUCAUUUGCACCAAGCUCAUCUCCAGCGCCAAUACCAUCCCCCUCCAUGCCUCCAUAUUCACAGCCAACUCCAACCAAUCUUUGUGAACAAUGUUUGUGCCCUGACUGGUUGACAACACAAGAUGCAACCAUUCCACACCGCAAGUUAAUGCGUUUUCCUCCCAAGGCAGUCUUUCUUCAAGUAUCAACACAACUUCAUAGCAGGAACGCGCCUGGGAGCAGGAAAAAUGGAAUUGCAGUGCCAGCACCAACCUUCAUUGCGCCAUCAUCCCAAUAGUAGUAAGGUACUUAUAGUCAAAGUUUCAAGUUCCAACCAGAACUCUACGAAACCAUGCCCUGUCAGGCAGAUCAGAAUUUGCAUGUUAGGACUGUUUUGCAGCUCAUAUGGCAGUGAAAGGCUUCACUGGCAUUUUGCUAGUUGCACCAAAGUUACGAUGUGGCGAUUCCAUGAAUAAACUAACGUCCUCAUAGUCACAGUCAAGUGUAAAUACAAAAUGAUGUUCACAAGAAAGGUGGAUAAAUCCCAAGGUCCAUGUGUAAUAGCAGGUUACAGCUACAAAGCUGGCUGGCCACCAUAUGUUGUUAGUU